AUGGCCACAAGCAAGAUCGCGGUAAUCACAGGCGGCGCCUCCGGGAUGGGUUUGGCGUGUGCGGAGGCGCUGUCACGGAGAGGCUGGGGAGUACAGAUUAUGGACCUCAACGCGGCGGCCGGGACGAGCGUGGCCGGUCGACUCCAGAACGUCAGCUUCAGCCAGGUCAAUGUCAACUCGUGGGACUCACUCUCGUCGGCCUUUCACAACGUCUUCACCAAGCAGGGCAAGAUAGAUUUUGUAUUUGCCAACGCGGGCAUCCUCCAGCUCGACAACUUCUACCAGAAUGUCGAGGUGCGGCCGCCACCGGAGCCGAGACAGGCCAGUAUCGACAUCAAUCUCAAGGCUGUCAUCAACACCAGCUACCUGGCCCAGCACUAUUUCCGAUCCAGCAAGCACGGUGUGAAAGAUCCAGUCUUGGUCAUGACAGCUAGCAUUGCCAGCUUUUACGCCCAGGAGUUUAACCCUCUUUACACGGCCUCCAAAGCCGGUGUUCUCGGUUUCAUGCGGUCCAUCGCCGCCCCUUUCUACCACCAAGACGGCAUCCGGACCUACGCCAUCUGCCCCGGCACGGUGCGCACGAACCUACUGGACAGCACGGUGUGGGAUACGUUCCCGGAGGAGCACAUCACGCCCGUCGAGACGGUAGUCUCGGCAGUGGAGAAGCUCGUUGCCGGGGGGCGUUUGCAAGACGACCAGGGCAAGGUAGUCGAAGACGGGGAAAAUUACGGCUUGGCGGUGGAGGUGUUUGGCAGGAACAUGUACUUCCGGGAUCAGAUGGAGUACAUCAACGAUGGCAUGCGUCAGAUCUGCGAAGCUGCCAGCCUGGAGCACCAGCAGGAGAACUUGCAGUAA